GGAUUAAACAGUGUUAGUCUGAUAGAUCUGUCUUAUAAUAAUAUUCAAAGCCUAAAUACCAAAGUCUUUUGCAAUUUGAAUCAAUUACAACAUUUGUAUCUGUCUCACAACUCGAUACAAUCGAUUUCACCUAGUUUUCAGAUCGAAAAUUUAAAAUAUUUGUAUUUAGAUAAUAACGAUCUACAAGUGGUAUCUCCAAUUUUUGAAUCAGAGAAUUUAUCAUUGAUUGAUCUAUCGUCUAACAAAAUAAGAGAAAUUGAUCCAAGUUCAUUUUAUUCCUUACGCAAUCUUAAAACCUUAUCAUUAAAAAAUAAUAGUAUUUCUACGAUUUACUUGUCGUUUGAAAACAUUAAAUAUCGUCCAGAAAAUAUAAAAGUCGAUAAACAUGUUAAUGUAAAUUAUUUGUAAUAAAUCGCAUUCUGAUUGGUGUAUUUUUAACUCAAUUUAUUAUAAAUCAAUCUAUGCGCAUAGAAAACUAUGAUUUGGUGUUAUAUGUUUAUCUAUGAUUACUUCCUGUUGAGCCUUUGUUUUUGAAUUUUUUAUCUAUGUUUUGACCGUUAACCGGUGUGUGUUCGUCUCUGUGUGUUUGCAAAACUAUUACUAAAAUUUAAAGAUAAGAUAAGUUUGUUUAUAAACAUAAAAUCUUCAAUUAGUAAUUGUUAAUUUAGUACGAAGUAUUUAUUUUGUUCAAACAAAGUAGUUUGAAGCCCGUUUAUUUAUAAAAUGUUAAAGACAAAAAUGGAGUCUAUUAUUGCCUGUUGGUUUUUGUUAAUUUUUUGUGAAACUCAUUGUUAUAAACCAGUGGUUUUAUUGCACGGCAUAAUGACUUACAAUACCAGUAUGGAACUAAUUAAGAACAGAAUAGAAGAAAAACAUCCAGGAACGAUAGUGUACAACACAAAUCGUUACAGUGGGUGGUCAAGUUUGGAAAAUAUGUGGGAGCAGGUUCAAAAUAUGGGCUAUGAUUUAAUGAACAUAACACAAAAACACCCUGAAGGGGUCAAUUUCUUAGGUUAUUCACAAGGUGCACUAAUUGCAAGGGCAAUUCUACAAGCCUUUCCUGAACACAAUGUUCACAAUUUUAUUUCUCUGAGCGGGCCCCAAGCAGGUCAAUAUGGCACGGCGUUUUUACAUAUCAUAUUUCCCGGGUUAGCACUUAAGUCCGCCUUUGAAUUAUUUUAUUCUAGAGUGGGUCAGCAUACUUCUGUAGGAAAUUAUUGGAAUGAUCCUUACCAUCAGGAACUUUAUUACAAUUAUUCUGAUUUUUUACCGUAUAUAAAUAAUGCAAUUCCUUCUGAACGAAGUUACGAUUUUAAAGCGGGUUUGGUCAAGUUAAACAAUUUAGUAUUAAUAGGUGGUCCCCAGGACAAUGUUAUCACUCCGUGGGAAUCAGCACAUUUUGGUUAUUAUGAUGGGAAUGGGACUGUUAUAAAUAUGGGAGAAAGGGAUAUUUAUAUAGAUGAUAAAAUUGGUCUUAAAACAUUGGAUCUUUUAGGGAAACUUAAAACUAUUACAGUUCCAGGGAUAAACCAUUUUAUGUGGCAUAAAAAUAUGACAAUGGUAGACGAAUUUGUUUUACCUUAUCUUGAUUAGAUCUUUUUCUAAUUGUU